UGGGGGUGGGUCAUGGAUUAGAAGAAGCUUUGCUGGGAUUGGAGGAGGGGGCGAAAUGUUGAGAAGGUGGAGAAUAGGGAUCAUGUGUGUUCUCGAAUGUACAACCCACAUUUGAGUGACAAAUGACGAGGACAACCUAUAAAAACAACUAAGCACAAAUCCACCCGAAUCCAUCUCGCCCCGGAUGCGUGUGCUUUUUUCAACUAACUUUGAGAAGUCACAGAGACCCGGCGGUGCGGCCUGUGCCACCUCACCUCGCCUCCACUUUGGCAUUUCAAGCAAGUACCGCCCUCAGAGGUUCCUCUCCUUCCUCCGGACUAAGGAUGGAGGAUCCCUUCAGCCCCACCGCUCUGCCUCCCGCGCCCAACCUCUCCUUAUCCAUCCUGCCGAGCUGGAGUCUCAACCUGACUUCGGGGCAGGCGACCUCUGUCCCGGGGCCACAGCCGCCGCCACGCGGGCCACCCAGCCACCCGAUCCACCUGGUCUUCAUGGGAAUCAUCCUGGUGGCCGCGGUGGCGGGCAACAUCACGGUGCUAUGCCGCUUGUGCGGCGGCAGCAGCCGGCCCUGGCCGGGUCCCAAGCGUCGCAAGAUGGAUUUCCUGCUGGUGCAGCUGGCAGCCGCCGACCUGUACGCGUGCGGUGGCACCGCUUUGUCGCAGCUGGCUUGGGAGCUGCUAGGCGACCCGCGUCCGGCUCUGGGAGACCUGGCGUGCCGCUUCUCGCAGCUACUGCAGGCAUCGGGGCGGGGCGCCUCCGCCCACCUGGUGGCGCUCAUCGCCCUCGAGCGCCAGCUCGCCGUGCGCCGUCCGCAGGGCCCGCAGCUGCCCGCGCGCGCCCUGGCUGCCCUGGGCUGGCUGCUGGCGCUGCUGCUGGCACUGCCGCCGACCUUCGUGGUGCGCUGGGGCGCUCCUCCACCUCCGGCUGCCAGCGCCUGGCCGGGGGAGCAUCGCUGCGGGGGCAUCUUCGCGCCCCUGCCGCGCUGGCACCUGCAGAUCUACGCUGUCUACGAAGCUAUCGUGGGCUUCGCGGCUCCGGUCGCUAUCAUGGGUGUCUCUUGCGGCCACCUGUUGUGUGUGUGGUGGCAGCGCGGGUCUCAGGCUCCGGUGGCUGGGGCACCCUGGUCAGCCAGUCCGGCCCGAGCCCCCAGUGCACUGCCCCGCGCCAAGGUGCAGAGCCUGAAAAUGAGCCUGUCGCUGGCACUGCUCUUCGUGGGCUGCGAGCUACCCUAUUUCGCCGCCCGCUUGGCAGCCGCCUGGUCGUCGGGGCCCGCGGGUGACUGGGAGGGAGAGGGCCUAGUGGUGGCGAUGCGCGUCGUGGAGGUGGCCAACAGCGCCCUCAACCCUUUCGUCUACCUCUUCUUCCAGGCUGGCGACUGUGGGCUCUGGCGGCGGCUCCGGAGGCGCCUCGGAGUUGUGUGCUGCGGGAGGGAGGGAGAAGCCGAGAUCAACGAGGGGGCUGGGGACCACCAGGCGCUCCACCGCCACCGCUGGCCCCACCCCCACUAUCACCACGCCCGGAGGGAGGAGCGGGACAAGGGCUACCUGCGCCCGCCCCCGCCGCGCCCCAGACCACUGUCCUGCUCCUGCGAAAGUCCCUUCUAGGAGCUGCUGCAGAGACAGGUUUGUCGCUGUGGCACAUCCUCCAUGCAGCACAGGGCAGGGCGUAGAGGUCUGCCUAAGUCGCAAAGGAUGGAACUGUUUCCUGGAACCUCUGAAGCCGGGUCUGCUUUCUCCAUGCUAUCGUAUUUCUUUCUAAUGAGAACUUGUCUUUCACUUCCCCUUCGCUUUCUUCUCUCCACUUCCUUUCAUAUUGCCCAUUUAGAGGAGACCAAACUUGGAAAGUUGUAAAAAUCCACCCAAGUUCCAGAGUUAUUAUUUUUGCAAUUCUCUUUUAUACUCCCAUUGUGUUCUAGAUAAGACCAUUUAUUUUAACUAAAUUGCCAAAUUUUCAUUCGUCGCUGUGUUAUGUUUUUAGUUAUUUUGAAUUGUGCUUAAGUCAAGUACAUCUUUGGGGAGCAGCAAAUCUGCUGUUUCUUCCAAGAAGAAAAUCCCCACAACGCUCUUCCUGGGGAGAUUAUGAGUUCUACUAGCAAUGCUGUAGAAAAGUAAUCACGCUGCCACUUCAGAAACAGAACAUUUGAAAAAUAACAUUUCCCACGGAGCAGCUUGAACUUUUUUUUUUUUUUUUAACAUGAUAAUGAGUUUUCUGGGAGGAAAAUCGGUCUGGCUUUUGUUUCCAGUCUUAACUUCCACGUCAAUAAAAACUGAGUACAGGAGAAGAGCAUAAAGCUUUCCGUUGGAAAGGCCAAUCCUUUCCAAGGCAACCCUUAUCCCACAGGACACGGCUAUUGUGCCCAGACCAGCUCAAAGCCUGUCCACAUUGAGCUUCUAAGGACAAAGUCUUGAGCAAACUAGACAAGGAAAAUACUCAGGUGAUGAAUGACGUGAGAGAGCAGAACUCACUGUUUGAGCGUUAAGGAGAU